UUACGGCCAUGGCCGUCUCUCUCUCUCUCUCUCUCUCUCUCUCUCUCUCUCUGUCUCUCUCUCAGAAACCCUAAUUCCUAAAUUCUAACCCUAAUUCGAAUAACUCGCAUCAAACCUAGCCUUUUGAAAUGGCAAUCGUGACCGGCGAUCGCUACCUCGACGCCCUCGUCAAAUUCGUCGAGGUCCAAUCCAGCGCCCUCCUCGACGGAACCCUAGUUCUGAAACUCAACCCUGUCGGCCUCCACUACGUGCAGUCCCGCAUCGAGCAGCUUCAAGAGCUAGAAUCGCUCCUAGCUGGGGCUCCCAUCGACUACCUCCGGGCCUACAUCUCUGAUCUUGGCGACCACCGGGCCCUCGAGCAGCUCCGCCGGAUCCUACGGCUCCUGACGUCGCUGAAGGUUGUGUCGGUCCUCCCACAACCAGCCCGGGACCCCACACCGAUCUCAUUGCUGCCGUUCGGGCGGCUGAGGAUUUUGGAGCUCAGAGGGUGCGAUCUCUCGUCAUCGGCCGCCCGAGGGCUUCUUGAAUUGAGGCACACUCUGGAGAAGAUCAUCUGUCACAAUUCUACGGAUGCACUGAGGCAUGUGUUUGCUAGUAGAAUUGUGGAUAUAAAGGAGUCACCAACUUGGAAUAAGUUGUCUUUUGUUUCAUGCGCAUGCAACGGGUUAGUUCUCAUGGACGAGUCAUUGCAACUACUUUCUUCUGUCGAAACCUUGGAUCUAAGUCGCAACCGAUUUGCAAAAGUGGAUAAUCUGCGGAGGUGUACGAAAUUGAGGCACUUGGAUCUUGGAUUCAACCACCUUCGUACAGUUGCAUCUUUGAGUGAGGUUUCGUGCCCAAUUGUUAAACUUGUUUUGAGGAACAAUGCUUUAACCACUUUGCGUGGGAUUGAGAAUUUGAAGUCAGUUGAAGGGCUUGAUCUUUCGUACAAUAUUAUUUCCAAUUUUUCAGAAUUGGAGCUCCUUGGCAGCCUUCCAUCACUCAAGAACUUAUGGUUGGAAGGAAACCCGGUUUGUUGCUCCAGAUGGUACCGAGCACAAGUUUUCAGCUUUUUCACCCAUCCAGAGAAAUUGACAUUUGAUGAAAGAGGAAUGAGCACACGAGAAACUUGGAAGAGGCAGAUCAUUCUUGCAGGCAGGCAGAAGCAGCCUGCUGGCUAUGGAUUUUAUUCUCCCGCAAAGGAGGAAAGUGAAGAGGGCAGUUUCAACACCACAAGGAGAAAGCUGACUCGUCUUGCCUUUAUUGAAGAUGAAGCACAGAGGAGUUUUUUUGGUUCAGAAUCUGCUGAUCAAGAAUCAGUGUCAUGUGAUAGUAGUGGGUAUCCGAGAAGAGAUGAGAAUGCUAUUUCUGACGGUGAAGCAGAGAUAGUUGGUUUAAUGAACAAGGUUGAGUUUAUGAAAAAGGAGCGGUCUGUUCUUUGGUUGCGAGAAUUUAGGGAGUGGAUGGAUCAAAAUUCUGAGGAUAGGGCAGAUGAUAGCAAGUUCACCGUAUUAAGUCCUGUUAAAGAAAAGUAUAGGAAAAACAGGAAAGGUCAUAAGCAUCUUGGGGAAAGCUCAAGGUAUGUCCCAGAUUCUGCGCAAGAUUCCGGAGAUGAGAGCAGUACAAAUGUCUUAGAAUCUGACAUCUCAUUUACAGAUACUUCUAUUGGUUUCAGUGGCCGUGAUUACUUUGAUUCCAUUGGCAAAACCACUUUGGAGUCUUCGAUGAUGGAUGGUAGCCAAGAAGCCAAACCUGUCUUGCAAAUUGCCAGAAUGGAAUCAGAACAAGAGCAACCGAAAGCUCCUCAUGAAGAACUGAAUCUUCUGCCUUCUGCUGAUACAUUCACUGUUCAGGGAAGUGAUGGGAUGGAAAGGAAGGUUAGUGUGACAUCAUUGACAGCCAUCAAUGAAAUUAUGGAAUCCCGGUCAUCUUCUAUUCAUCAUGGAUCUCCUCCUCAUUACCAAGAGGAUUUACUGCAUCGCCGCCAUAAUUUAGAGGAAGAAUUCUUGCAGCUAUCAGCCGAGUCUUUUUCUUUGGCAUCAUCAGACAGUGAUACCAGCAGUGAUGAUGAUUCCUGCAAAUUUUGGACAUCUUUUCCAGGAGCCGACAGGCCCUUGAACAGAGACUCCAUGAACAGGAGCAUGGGUAGUGAUCGGAAUGUACUUCACUUUGAGGGGAGGUAUAAUGACAUGAGGCAUGAAAAACCAGACACGAGAGAAAACGGCAGAUCCCUGCUGUAUUGUGCUGAACCAGCCUCCAGUGUAGAAGUUCUAAAACCAGAUAUUUUCAAACCAUUUCGCCCAGACAGCACUCUGAAUGAUGUUGGUGGUGAUAUCAUUGGUGACAUUUCAAGUCAAGAUGUGGACUGCUUGGAGAAAAAAGAAGGCAAAAGGAAGCCAAGGAGAAGAAUUGUUUCUCUGUCUGAGGAGAAUCUCAUGCAAGGCAAUGUGGAACUGCUAUCUCAAAAGUUAAAUGGCGUUUUGGAGUUAGGUGAAGUCAGUAUGGAUGAUAGGCUUGAGCAACUGAUUUUUAACAAAAACAGUUUCCGGAAUUCCUAUGAUACAGAUAAGAAACAAGCUUGGAAGAAUGAAGUUAAGAACCUGCCAAUAUGCCCCACUCUCGCGACAGAUGAAUUCAUAAAGAACUAUUUCCAUGAGAAUGUUGCAGACUCUAGAGUUUCUGAGUCUUGUUUGCAAUAUAUGCGUUGCGAUUGCAUACUUCACCGGGCAUCAGGCCAUGUAGAGAUAGAAGUAGGUGUGUUGUGGAGCAGUGAAAGCAAGCUGUACAUCCUACUCAUAGAUGGAUUACUUGAUGGGACAGCAAACAUCUCAAAAGUUGUGGAGUGCCAUAGGGUUGAAGACAUAAAGGAAGUAGUGUUCGGAAUAGGAUUACAGGUUUUGAGAGUGCACAUCAAGGGGGAUGCAUCAUACCUUUUCAUAACAAGGACUAUUGAGAAAUCAAGGAGAUUGCUGUGUCUACUGCAAGUUUGUGAUUCAAGUGACACAAGUAAUAGAUGCUCUGUACGAAGUUGGGAGCAGGUUCAGGUCAAAUUGUUUGAGGAUCAGAUUUGUGAAGGUUUGGAGCCGAGCAUAUUUCAGUACUCAAUGCUGCUGUUUUGGCACGAUAAUGGCAAUGGGGAAUCAUGGCUUUUGAGAUCUCUAUUUGUGAUUGAAGGGUACGUGCUUGUGUGCAUUGAAGAUCUUGUACACUUCAGCUCUCGCACAGAUGAUGUUGGAGUAUCUUCUCCAUAUUUCUCCCUUGAUUCAUGCUGCCCCAUCUGUGGCAUAGUGGAAAUGGUAAUCGAACCCAGGGAAAGUAGGUGUGUGACCUUGUCUUUGAACCAUGCUGCAUCCAGGAAAAUCAACUUUUUGCCUGACCUUGGGAAGAAAAAGCAGUUUGAACAGUUGACUUCGGCCCCUCUCACAUGGAAACUUAAGUGGUUUUCUGAAGAUGCUGUGCUCAAGUUUGUGUCAUUAAUCAAGGCCAUCCAUUUAGGAGUAAACAUGUCCCCUUUACCUAUCUUUUCAUCAACCUUUGUUUCACAUACAAAGAAGCUGAAGCAAUGGUCAUUCACUUGCUUCCACAAUGCCGAGAGGAACAUUCGAGAGAAGAUUUACUGAACUUUCAAGGUCUCUUGAGUUCUUUUAAGGAUCUUUUGCUGAAGUUUUCAGAAACUGAGGGGAAGAAGGCUGGCAUGGAUUAGGACUCUUGACAAAGGGUGAUUCAAGAGGGGAUUAGGUUCUUGUUUGGCAAUCCAUCCCGUCUUUGUCAUAUCAUCAAUUUAAUGGUUCUGGUCUGGUAAUUUUGGUAGGA